UGCUAAUUGGAGUCAGUCACGAGCUUUGUCGGGUUACAGUUUCUUUAAUAAGCCCGGUGUCGUAAUACAUCUAGGUCUCGCCUUGAUAUCUGUGCGCUGCCCGCUGGUCCUAUUGAAAUGAUCAGUGAGUUAUCGAAUACUCAGCCAAGUACAACUACGUACGCAAGAAUGCAAUAGACAACACUUCUUCUCUUCACCACGACAGCAAUCUAGAAAAAAAUGUUGUCGACGUUCAUCGACGCGGCGACGCCGCUGGUGAACCUCGGGUUCGAAUACAACGAGCACCUGCGUGCCAACCACCUGCACAAGGAAUCCAUUCUUCAAUCACUUCGCAUCCACGAAUGCGAGACGCAAGCCAACAAGGAGUUUCACCGCGUGGACGUGAAGCAGAGCAACGACCAGCAUGCCCGCGAGAUGCUGCAGGCCAAAGUGCAGCACGAGGAAAACAUCGAUUCCGAGCGGCGUUUAUCAAAUGUAAAAAUGUCUGGGUCUGGAAACUUGUGAUGCUCAGUGGCGAUGAUUGGGGAUGCUCCUGAGUGCAGCCAAGCAUGACAAAUUUUCAGGACGCUUCCUCAUGUGUAAUGCGCACGAGAAACUGCGUUUUUGCAUGACAAAGAAUUCGCGCUUUUGUCGGUCGCACAAUACAGAAUUUACAGGAGUGCAAGACACGCAAUACAGAUUCCAAUUUUUCCAGACCCAGACAUAUUUGCAAUGCAUAGCGUUCGGCGAUCCGGGAAAACCUGCGGGACGAGUGGUCGCAGAUCACGGAGAAGGCAGAAACCGUGUUGAUCGUCAACACUUUGAUCUUGGGUGUGGCCUUUACCAUGCUCAUCGAAGGUCCGUUGCCGGACGAAAUGAUCUUGGAGCACCCGGUCUUGGCGCAACUUUACAUGUGCAGCCUGAGUAUCUGGUACUGGGUUUGUUUUCCAGCUUUUCCUUGACUUGCAAUUCAGUGCAUGAUGGCCGCGUCUGUGUCUUCGUUCCUCAUACUAGUGAUGCCCGAAGUUCAAAUGAAAGUGAAACAUCCGACUCAUACAAAAACUACAGCCUUGCGACGCUGCUUCUUUCCGUUCGGUACUCUAUGGUUCUGCGGUUUCGUGUCGGAAGGACGAUUGUGAACGAAAUGCGCACGGCGAUCCACCGCGCGCUGAAUCUCGACCGGCGCUUUCGCGUUUCGGAGCAGUACAAGCACUGCAACCGUGCGAAGGUGACCGUCGCAGCCUGUGACGACGUCAGUCAUCCAACGCGACUGAAGAAAGUGCAGUCCUUGCCACGCCAGAUUGCCAUCGCAAGGCAGCUGAAGAAGCCGGAGAGCAAGGAGCCAGACACUUCUACUGGUGGUAAAGGUACUCGGGACUGGUCGUACAACGACUCGGGGAACUACAAAAUGCGAAGCAACACGGCAAUGUCGUCUUCCACCGCGUCGUCCGGGAAUACUGUUACCCAUACCUCGAACAUGAGGAACCGAAGGAUGCAGCAAGGAGGCUCUUCCUCGUCCACCAGCCGCCCGGUCACAUUUUUACCGGGAGGAGCAGGAUCUGACGGCACAAACACGAGCUUCCAGAGCUUCGAAGAGGAAGAGGAGGAUCAGCGCACCGAGCGCAGUAGUUCCAAAGACGAGGAUAAUGGGGAGGACGCUUCGCCGUUUGGAUCGGAGUUUGGCUCGAUGCUGCUGCGAUCGGGGAAACUUGGUGGAACGGAACUCGGCUACGAAUCGCUGGAGUGGGUGGACCGGAGGCUGGGGUACUCCUACCCCUGCCCGCGGCGACGGAGCGCGUCCUCGCCACGAAGGUCGAAGACUACUGGAGCAGGAGUGUGUCGCAGUCGAAACGGAGUAAGUCGUGGGGAUAAGAAGUAAGCACGUGCUGAUGCUUGUUCUCUUUGGUUCUUUCAACCCUACCAUCAUGCAUGUGAAACAAGAUCUUCAAGAAACUGAUGCCUGUUCUUGCUUUGAAAAUCCUUCUAUCCGCUCUCAGAUCACGUUCACGCGGCCUAGCCCGCUCCUCCAGUACGAACGACAAGCGUCCUCUCUUCCUCGAAGGGAGUCACCGAACGGAAGACCAGUCCUCCCUAAGCUCUUCGUCCGCUUCCAUCGUGGGCCGACAGCAGGAUCCCGGAGACAUGCACCAUCCACCGGGGCUCCGCAGGAUGCAGACGAUUGGGCAACUGUUUUACCGCAAGCCACCCAAGCACAGCGGCGAGGCGACGUCCGAAAGCCCAGAGACUGUCUCGCCUGUGGACGAGGCGUUUGCAACGACCGCGGGCAGCGGUAGGUUCAACGAGCACAACGCCGCCCAAACGUUAAUCGCCAGCGGAAUACUGCGUUCCAGUGUCCGAUCCUCGGCAGCCGAGGCGAGCGGGCCGGUAGAACAGGAGCCUGAGUCGGAAGAUGUUGCCGCAGGGACGCCGCUGGACAGUAAGAACCCAAAGCUGGUGCCCAAUAAAACGAUUGGUCGCAUCGAACGGAACCGCAGUCACGAAAUGGCACUUUCUUCCACCGCCCUAUUUUCGCAGAACAGAGGACUCGGGAUGGACCGGCCCUGGGCAAGGACGAGCGAGAUCAUGCUCACACCCUCGUCGCCCUCACAAGUCUCCAAGGAGGACGGCAUUCAGCGGCCGGAGGAUGUGCCGACGCCCACAAAUACCAAAGGUGUGGAGGAAGACACACGACGAGCGAAAGCGCUGAUGCGCGAGCUGCACGACAUUGAGCGCAGCUACCAGGGGCUGCUCGACGUUCGGCUUUGGCAGGACAAAUACCUCAGCAAAAAGCUCGACCUGCUUCGCCGCAACUGGUGCAAGCCGUACGACAACGUCGCGCAGUUUUGUUUCAUGCUUGGCACGUGGAUUCUGCUGGGCUGCGCCGCGUGUCUGGUGAUCGCCCGGUCUCAGACGCGACUUGUCCGUCCCAUGGAGCUGAAGUUCGGUACCAGCUCGGUAGCGGUAGCGUUUUGCACCAUGAGCGCCAUCACCGUGUCCGGACUGGUUUUGCUGGAAGGGUUGUUGAAGCGAAGGCACAAAUACGAGGUGUCCGUGCGACGGUACCGGCAGCACAUGUACCAGGCACCAAGGGAAGAUGCGGAGGACACAACCAUGAUCGGUGACCCAACGCGCUUGCCGCACGACCAGCCUUGGAACUACACUUACACAUCAGUAUCCACUUGGUUGAUGAAGCCGAAGAAGCCCUCGUUUGCCGUACCACACGACAACUCAGGACCACCAUACGGAGGUGCCCCCGGCGGCCCCUCGUCGAGUGCGCUAGUCAUACCGGCACCGGGGUUGAAUUACGAGGUCGACGAGGUGGACGAGCUCAAGGCGAAUGCGUUCAACAAAUCGGGCGUUUCCACUCUGGAGUACACGCCGCUAGAGGAGAUUGGUCGGGAGUUUCGCUAUUUGGAAAACACAGUGCUCUUCGACAAACUGCCCUACCGCUUCACGCCGGGCCUGCUCUUCGUGCUGGUACUCGUUGCGCUAGUCUUCGCGACCAUCGACGCCGUGCGGGAAGGGGCGUACGAAGUGAUCAAAACUGCACAGAGUGGCGCUGGUCAGUUCACGUUUCCCGGCAGCGAGUUCUUGACGCGCGGCGCAGAUUUGUUUCUGGACGACAUGCUGUUCUUAAUCGCCGAUUCCGAACUCCGAACGCAGAAGAAGGGACAAGCCGCUGCAGCGCACAGCUUCGCGCAAGGCUCCCAGUUUCGAGACGUGUGCGGUCUCGCUGCAGACACGAGUUCUGCUUCGUCACCACUGCUGAUUGCGGGGCUGCUCGCCGGAAGUAGCACGGGUCCGACCGCGGCAACGGCCUCCUGGAUACACGUGUACCAGCAAAACGGUGCGACGUCGAAGUUCCUCUCGCCCGCACUUUUCCCGCCCGGAUUCGAUAUCGCAAGUUUCGUAGCGAACCACGGGGAGCCGGUUGGUCUAGGCUGUCUGCCGAUUGCGGAUACGACUGCUUUGACCGAUUUGACAAACGAGGCGAGCGCUCUGGCCUCUUCUCCGACCACCGUCACUGUCGCGAACAACGUGACGCUGAAAGUUCUGUCCCCAACCGCAGGCGGCUCCUUUGGCACCGCUUUGACUGCGGCGGUGCAACAGCAACAGCUGUCCUCCUGGCCGGCGUUUGCGACCGCGCCGACCGCGGUGCAACUCGCAAAAGGAGUUUCCGCCGCGGAGUUCCGCGUGCACGGCGUGCAGCUGUCCAUUGGCUUCAGCAAGGGCGCCAUUCUCCCCGGGUUCGUGGUGGAGACGUUUUCCACCUACAAUGACGCUACUACAUCCUCUGCGUUCAACUUCGUACCGACCAAAACCCUGCUCGCCCACAUCGACUACCUCCGAGGUCGUUUACCGGCCGUCACCCUGCGUUCCCUCCAGCCAGUUUCGGAGACGAAAAUGGCACUCAUAUUGGACACUGAGAUGCCGUACCCUCUGUUGGCCAUCGGAAGCAGGAGUACGAGCGAAGAGGUAAUCGUUUCCUGGAUGAAGAACAUAGACGAAGGUACGCUGCGGCGGGGCAUGCUGCGACAACUCAACGGCGAUCUGCGGUUUUUGACGAGCGACUACUCGCUUGCAAAAUACGAAAAAACGGACUACGACCUGGAAAGCAUCACAUGAGACACGGCAAGAACGAGUUGUAGGGACUGGCGAUUGGCGGGGAUUGAUGGUGAUAGUAGUGAAGCAAAUGCACCAGUGCAGCACGGGAUUCGCGGCUCAAGUGCGUACAGCCGGGCGACUCCGAUUCGGAGUUCCAGCCACGGUGGCUGUGAAGCCAUCGCGACGCGGUGGGCAGCUUGGAAGAGACUCAGGCGGAAAGCGUCCCGCCAUCACGGUUGGGUAGGACUAGCAGGGCAUGGUCAAGUAAUGUGCGACAGUAGGAGCACUUGAGCAUGAGCUUUGUCUGUCUGCUUUCAUCUAGUACAUCAUCUCUCCGUAGUUCUUCAAAAACGAUCUUGAAUUCACACCACAUCUAAAGAUACGAAAUAUGACGAAAAUUCUAAAUACAGUACUUGCACGCGUCCCCUCGCGUACCACGAAUUGGAAUUAUGUCCAAGACCCUAAAAUGACCGGAACUCGAAACCCAUCGGCUCCCCGUGCCGAUCAACUUCCAACAGCAACAAAAACCUCUCUAAAAAAACCUAGGGGGUGCGCUGCACCAAGGGACUUUCGGCUUUUCCUGGAAAGGGAGGCGAAAGAUGAAGAACUUCAACAAAACACCAAAUGAACAAAUGCUGCACCGAGUUCGAAGUGACGCCUCUAUCCAGAUACAUGGGAAGUGAGGAAACGCGGCCGAG